UGCCUCAGCCUCCUGCGUUGCUGGGAUUACAGGCUCAAAAUGGAAAAUUAUGAAUCCAUUAAUAACCAGGAAGACAUUUUUGAAAUCUUAAACAGAAAAAUUAACCAGCUUCCAGAAGCAGAAAGGAAUCUACUUGAAAAUGGAUCGGUUUAUGUUGGAUUAAAUGCUGCUCUCUGUGGCCUCAUAGGAAACAGUCUUUUUCGACGUGUCUUGAAUGUGACAAAGGCUCGUAUAGUUUCUGCCUUACCAAUGGCAGUGAUCCCUUUCUUUACAACACAAGUAACUUACAGAGGUUUUGUAACUAUUCCUUUGACAACAGGUGAUUUGAAUUGCGAAACCUGUACCGCAACACGUAGUGGACUGGUUGGUCUUCUUGUUGGUGGUCUAUACCCUGUUUUCUUAGCUUUACCUAUAAAUGGUAGCCUAGCAGCCAGGUAUGAAACAGCUCUGUUGCCAAACAAAGAGAACAUCUUAAGUUACUGGCUUAGAGUUUCUAAGCCUGUCUUUAGAAAGAUGUUUUUUCCUAUUCUACUGCAGACUGUGUUUUCAGCAUACCUUGGGUCUAAACAAUAUAAACUAUUUAUAAAGGCCCUUCACUUACCUGAACCUGGCCAAGAAAUUCACUGACUUUAUAAACAAAUAUGUACACAAAAAUAAAACAGUGAAAACAGUUUAUGUAUAAUGUUAUUCAUCAACAUAUAAUUUUGGAACCUACAACAAAGGCUACACAAGGCAACAAAAGUGUAAAUCUAAAUAAAAGCUACCCACUUA